AGCUGGGCGCAGGGGCACAGUUCUUGCUAUUGAGGACAUCAAAAAAGUUUUUGCGGCAGCAGAACCUUAACCUGCUCGAAGAGAAUUGUGGGCGAGGGGCUCUCGCUUGCAUCUCCCGCCACUUGUCUGCUGCGAGCCUACAGCAGCGACCCGACAACAGGGCAUAAUCCUCAAGUAACUGCAUAUUACAACGCGCCAUAGAGCCGGCAGCGGCCCUGGGCCCCUCUGCUGCUUGCGUCCGCGACUUGGAAUCGGCAAGAGGGCGACGGUGACGCCCGCUAGAGCAUUAAAUGGCGAUCAGGGAGCAUCAUACAAGCUUACGAGGCAGCAAUAACAUAUUUUCCAGGCGCGACUUGCGGGUGUUGCGCGUCGCAUGUCAGGGCGAGUGCGCGCGGAUGCUUGCUAGGCUUCUACAGGCUUUAAUAUUGCUUAAGAAGGACAGCUAGACUGUUUGGCGACAUCGCUGCUUGCUUGCUGGGCGACAAGAUGGGGAGCCAUACAAGAUGGGGUGGCAGUGGUCGGGGGGAAUUAAUUUAGCGAACUUAAAAUUAACAGACCCCAACGGUAUCUGCUGAACGAACGAAUAGCGUAUCUUACUUGCUGAGCAACAAUACAAACGCACGCAAAUAUGGCUGCUUCUCUGAUGCCGCGCAUUAGCAGCCGCGCCGUCCGGCGCGUUGCCACGACGAGCUUCCUUAAUGCGCGCAACAUUCCUGCGCAGCGGCCUCAGCAGCCUGCGGUGUCACCCGCGGCCAAGCCCAAGUUCAAGGAAAUUUUCACGUCCAUGGACUUGAAGCUGACUUCGCUGGAUGACAAGCUCACCGCGCUGGACGACAAGGUCACCACGCUGGACGACAAGGUCACCAAGCUGCAGGGCCGCUUCGACGUCCUGAUCUGGUUGUUGGUCGGCGUUGGGCUGCUGGUGGUCGGCAUCCUCAUCAUGCUCCUGUACGCAACUGCGAAGCUCUUCCAUUAAACUGAACCAGAAGGAUGCGCACCUGACGGUCGCGAGGAAGAGCUUCGCAGUUGCGUACAGGAGCCUGAUGAGGAUGCCGACCACCAGCAGCCCAACGCCGACCAACCACCAGGUCAGGACGUCGCAGUGGCCCUGCAGCUUGUCAUCCAGCGGGGUGACACGCGGCAAACACCCAAGUUGCCUUUGGGUGCACCUAGCUAAUUGUCAAGAUAAAUGGUCAAGGUGUUCCUGCUAGUUAGUGUCGCAGACGAAAUUCGCCGCUAAAGUGGGAGGUCACGAAAUGGCUAAAGUCCCCACUGGAAAGAGGCCCAUUGGCUAGCCUCCACCGGCAUGUAAGAUAGACAAAUUUCUAGAUUAUGAUAAGUGCAUAUUCUCAUCUCCAAAAUGGAACCCCUCUGAUAUGCCAUGUGUACCAUGUUAAUGAACUGUCACGAAGUGCUUUAUAAUGCGAACUGCUAAUUACAAGUGCCGGGAUUUGUCGACUGCUUGGGGAGGAGUGAGUUUGACUUCGAGGUGAAGGGGCGAGCUGAAGGGGCUUUUCCCCAUGCAUAUGGGACCCUUGCUUGUCAGCCUAUCAUCGAAUGCUACUAUUACUAGAGCCAUGGUGUUACUGAUAUAGUCGGAUGCCCAGGAUGCCAUGGUUGUUGCUUGCAACAGCUGAUAGAUUCGCAUUCAUGGCAUGAGGUGUGGGGAGAGGCAUGGGGAGAGGUGAGAGCAUCCCUCACACUGGUAGGGAGGGCAACAGUGAUGGAAGGGAGGGCAACAGUUAUGGCGACCACGUAGAUGGCAACCAAGCAGAAAAUGAGUUGGAGCUGACGCGGACAGGGCAGCUUCUCUUUGCAUUUGCACAACGAUGACAGGGCUGAUGAGGACAUGCUGACCUUAUACUAUGGCGUUGGCCGUAGGACGCUGAUUCCCCGCCCCCCUCGCCGUGAGAGGUUGUGCGUGGUUGGUGGCUUUGUGUGUGGGCAGGAUGCACGUGUGGGCGACCGUUCUAGUACCUGGACGCUUGCGCCCUGGUUAGUGCGUGCGCUGUGCGUGUGUCCUGCGGCCUAGACGUUUCCCGGCACUCCUGUGCCUAGGCUUGUGGCGUUGAGGCACAGCGGUGGGGCUCUGGCGGGUUGAGGCUUGGCUAGGACUCACUGUGCGCGGAGUCACACGGACUUUGCCCGUGGGAGGGUUUGCAGCAAAGUCGGGGUUGGUGGAGUCAAGUUGGGCCCUGAUAGCAUGUGAUGGCUCGGCGUCUUCGGGUGCUGGGACUGUCCCCUCUGUAACAUCCGCAUUCUUAUACUAUGCACCACCAAGGGGAACCUUUGUGACCUUUCACAUGUAAUGCAUUGGUGCA